AUGGCGCCGGUGGACGGCGACGCCGCCGAGAAAUCACCAUUCCGGUGGAUAGACGCGGCACGGUACGUGGUGGCCUCCGUGGUGGCCGUGCUCAUCAUCGCCGUCAUCGUCAACGCCAUCAAGGUCGUUCUCCGGCCAGAGUCGCUCUUCUUCUCGGUCUCCGGCGGCUGCGUGCCAAUGGUGAGGAUCAACCAGUCGUCGUCGCAGCCGAUGCUGGUUCUCCAGCUAGGUCUUCGCGCGGACAACCCGGCCGGGCGCGCCCGGAUGUACUACGUCGGCAUCACCGGGUACCUCUUCGACAAGAACGUAUCGGCGGCGUCGUUGCAUCCGAGCAGCGACUGCAUCGUCUCGUUCCGUGUGAAAGACAAAGUGGUGGAGCAGAAAAAGGCGGUUGUCUCCUCAGUGAAUAUCAAAGCGAAUAGAAGAACCAUGGAAAGGUCCUACUUCGACUUGCUGUACUCCGGCAAUGGCAGCACCUUCUUCAGGGACGUCACGAUGCGGUUGGACGGCACGCUAAUCACCGAAGUACCGUCCGGCUUCAACGCGUCUUCUCGCCGGACCACGUACUACUGCCCGCAGCUUCUCGUCGGCGGGGACUCGUCGGAUGACGACGCCUUCAAGAACAGGCCGGACGUGGUUUGCAGCACCUAG